ACAUAAUACGCCACUAUCCGGCUAUGCUCAAAGUGAAUUGUCAUGUUACCUGAAGGCGGGCGGCGUCUCUCCACUUCCGCUCUUUCCUCCCGUUACUUAGCAACCAACUAAAGCUUUUAGCUUGCUAGCUGGGUUAGCACAAACAACCAUGGACGGUGAUGGCGACGAUCUGGACGAACUGCUGGAUGAAGUUGAAAACAAGUUUUGUAAAAACGUUUCUGUCGGAUGUUCGGCCCGCGUGGACCCGAAGGAGUCCCGGAAAGACAACGAAGAACAGAGAACACAGAGUGCCACUAAACCCAAACAGUCGAUGAGCAGCGUCGCUGACGAUAUUGACGCCCUCCUGGAGGAAUUACUGGAGGAAGACUACAGCGAUUCCCCUCCACGAAAGGUGAUCAUGUACUUUAUAUUAAAAUACUGAUAUCACCUUCCCAAUUAUUGAUUUUCUCCACAUGGACAACUUUAAACCACACAUGUUUUCUCAGAUAAAGAUUACACUGUUAGAACACCUGUAUCUGUGUGAUUAAACAUACUUUGCUGAAGAAAAUAGAUCAUUUCAGAAUCAGAAUCAGAAACGGGUUCAUUGCCACAUACAAGGAAAUGACUUGAUGUCAUACAGAAAAUAUAAAACAAAAUCUAAUAUAAAACAAAAAAUAUUUUAGGACACUAAUAAAAUAUAGUUAGAUAGCAAUACAAUAAGCAGUAAUUUACAGCAAAAUAGAAUGCAGUAAAUUAUGAAAUAUGAAAUAAGAAUAUGCAGUAAGCAGUAUUUGAACAUUGUGUUUAUUAAUGUAAUGC